ACCCAGUCGAGCUAUUUUGCUACGUUGUGUUUGUACUUUAUUUUUCUUACACUGUAUGUAUAUGCGUGUGUGUGUCUGUGUGUGUUAAGUGGCUUCUUAGGCAUCCGGGUAACUUAAUACGAUUCACGGGUAUCUGCAUCCGCCAACUCCGAGAGAGCGAGCGAGAGAGCGCGAGGACAUGUCAGACGCGUGUUUACGAGUUACGUAGCAGUCGUCCAGAAAGAGUCGUCGUGAGGCCUGCGCGGCUUAUUUUCAUCACUGCCAUCGCUUUUUUCGUUGUUGUUGUUGUCCCGAGACAGAAAUGUCCCUCGCGGACGAUGAGAGGCAUUUCGACUCGCUGAACUCGGACGUGUUCGGCGGGUCGGUGGUCAGCGAGCGAUCGACGGCGUCGAGCGCGUACAAUGGCGAAGAGGAGAAGCUGCAUUACAUUCCUAUCCGGGUCCUCGGCAGGGGGGCGUUCGGCGAAGCGACUCUGUACCGGAGGACGGAGGACAACUCCCUGGUGGUGUGGAAAGAGGUGGAGCUGAAAUCCCUCUCCGAAAAGGAGAGCAGAGAUGUCAUGAAUGAAAUAAGCAUCCUGUCCAUCCUGGAGCACAACAACAUCAUCGCCUACUUGAAUCACUUCGUGGAUAAAAACACUUUGCUCAUUGAAUUGGAGUAUUGUAAUGGAGGAAAUCUGUAUGAUAAAAUCAACCGCCAGGAGGGGAAGCUUUUCAGUGAAGAGGUGGUCAUCUGGUACCUGUACCAGAUUGCCUCAGCUGUGUCCUACAUUCACAAGGCUGGGAUCCUUCACAGAGAUAUCAAAACUCAGAACAUUUUUUUGACCAAGACAGACCUCAUCAAGCUCGGUGACUAUGGCCUUGCAAAGAAGCUGCACUCUGAGUUUUCAAUGGCAGAGACUUGUGUGGGAACUCCAUAUUACAUGUCACCUGAAUUGUGCCAAGGAGCAAAGUACAACUUCAAAUCGGACAUCUGGGCCAUGGGUUGUGUCAUUUUUGAAGUCCUUGCUCUUACAAGGACAUUCGAUGCAACGAACCCUCUGAACCUCUGUGUGAAAAUAGUCCAGGGGAACUGGACCAUGGAAGUGAACUCUGAUGUGUAUUCAUCCGAAUUGAUCAAACUGGUGUACGAGUGCCUCGAUCCAGAUCCCGCCAAGAGGCCCACGACCAACCAGAUCCUGGACCAGCCACUCGUCUCCUGCUGUAGACAGCAGCUCGAAGAACGAGUUGCCCUCCUGAAUUUAGCAAUGAAAAAACCCAAGCUCAGUACAGUGACUGACACCUCUGUUGCCGUGGUGACCACACGCUCAAGGGAGGUGUACUUCUGGGGCGGAGGGAAGUUCACGCCCCAGAAAAUGGACAUGUUUAAAGGCGGUAGCAGUGCGCAACACGUGUGUGCGGGCGAGAGUCACUUUGCAGUAGUGACCGUGGAAAAGGAGCUGUACACCUGGGCGAACGUCCAAGGAGGAGCCAAGAUGGUGGGCCAGCUGGGUCAGGGAGAUCAGGCCUCGUACCGGCAGCCCAAGAAGGUGGACAAGCUCCAGGGGAAGGCCUUCCGACAGGUGGCCUGCGGGGCCGACUUCACCGCGUGCGUCACCGAUGAGGACCAGAUGUACAUGUUCGGGUCGGACUAUUACGGCUGCAUCGGCGUGGAGGGAGAGUUCGGCAAUGAGGUUCUGAAACCAGUGCUUUUGGAGUUUUUUGAGGAGCGGCCUGUCCGGCAGGUGUCCUGUGGGGACCACCACGUGGCCGUCCUGACUCAGAGCGGGGACAUCUACUCCUGGGGCUGCGGAGAGUAUGGGCGUCUCGGCCUGGAAUGUGAGGAUGACUUUUCUUCCCCGAUGCAAGUGGAGAUCCCUCAAGGCGCCACCAUCUCCUCUGUGUCGUGUGCCAGCGACGGGACCUUCUUUUUAACCGAGACCGGCAAAGUCUUAGCAUGUGGAAACAAUGAAUUCAACAAGCUUGGUCUGAACCAGGGAAUUUCUGGUCUAAAAAAGCACCAUGAGCAGGAUUAUCAGGGGAUCCCGUACAUCACUACACUGACAUUGGUAAAGCAGCUGGCGAGGUUCACGAUUCAGGUCAUCGCCCCAGGGAAGAGCCACACAGCUGCCAUCGAUGAUCACGGCCGUCUGAUCACCUUCGGCUGCAACAAGUACGGACAGCUGGGUGUGAAGGACUUUAAGAAACACCAGGGGGUCCAACUCCUUGUUGGACCCUUUGGAGGGAAGAAAGUGACCAAAGUGUCUUGUGGGGAUGGCUUCACCAUUGCAGCCACUCUGGAUAAUCACAUAUUUGCGUGGGGAAACGCAGGAAACGGUCGACUUGGGAUGCCGGCUGAUAAGGGAUUUGGUUCAGAGGUGUGCCCUGCCAUGCCGAGGCCUAUUUUCGGUUCCCUGCACCAUGUACCGGACCUCUCUUGCCGUGGUUGGCACACCAUUAUCAUUAUGGAGAAGGUGCUCACCUCCAAGACCAUUCGCUCUAACAGCAGUGGACUGUCAGUCGGUAGUGGUACAUACUUUCCUUUGGUCACUGAUUUGUGUAUUCAUUCAUUUUCUACAUUUAAUCCUGAAAAUCAACAUUGUUUGUGCGUGUGUGACGAUGUGCGUGUAUAUACACAUAUAUAUGUCGAUAUAGGACUGGGCCAAGAGGCAUCUACGUCUACAGUGGAUCUGGACAUAGAACCUGGUUCAGAGACGGAUGGCCGUGACCGGGGUCUUGGUGGUACACUGGAGGAUAAUACGGAGCAGUGCCUGAUGAAGACUCCGGCGAUGUCGCUGACAAGUCAGACCGGGGACAGCUCCUGCCCUCUCUGGCUUAGAAACGAGCUUGAGAAUGCCGAGGUCAUCCCGAUGCCGGAGGACUCUGAGGGAUCCGUUCCGGACCAGCUCUCUUCGAUCUCCGAGAGCGUCACUCUGCCUUAUGAGGAGUUGAAAGAGCUGACGGCUGCUGCUCAUCUGUCGAAUUUCACAGGGCUGAUGUUCACGGGCUGUGAUGAAGUCAAGGGACUGGAGGAGGCUGACGUCUGCAAAAAAGGGCAAACUGGCGCAUGCUGCAAUGCGAGUGACGAGGUCAUGCAGCUGCGAGAGACGGUCGCUAAUCAAGACUUGAGGAUCCUGAGGCUCGAAAGUCAGGUCAAUGAGCAGCAGAACGAGAACGAAAGGCUCUGGGCAGCGAUCGGUCGCUCAGCGCAAAGGGAAGCGCGAUGCGACAACAACGGAAACCAACCCUCUGAUGCCCGAAUGCCCGGCGAUGGAGGAGAAAGAGGAGCCGCAUUAGCCAUCCAAGGGGCCCGACCCUCAGGGGCCAGUGUAUGACCUCACCUGCAGGCGUCCUAAUUACGGGGGCGAUGUGAGCGGCACAUAUUAAGCUAAACAAGCCGGUUAGGUGGGGGAUCGGAGGCUUGGUGGGACGUGCAGUCCGGGCUGCGGCCUCGUGCCCGUUUACAGAGGUCACGUACAGAACACGCGUCUGACAGAAUGCUAGGUUGCCUUAUUACUGUCCGUUACCUGUGUCAUACUAUGGGUGACACCUAGGACACUCAUCUGCACACCUGCGUUCACCCGUGUGAUGCAAUCUGGCUAGUUUCUCCACACACUGAAAUGUUGGCUGGAUUCAACAUGAAGCACCUGACUCUCGGACAGACCAUCAUCAUAGUGAGUACAGCUAUUGUUGACUUAAAGCAAUGUUGCUUUAAGUCUUUGGCCCUUUGUGCCUCAUAUAUUGAUAUUAUCAAAUAUAUAAAAAUAAGACCAUUUAAUGCAAAUAGGAAACAUCCAAAUUACAGUUGUUGUUUGCAUAUGGUCGAGAGAUUGGCUCCCAGGAUGCUGUGCAGAUUCCUUCUGACUCAUUUUGGCCCCAUCUCCCAAUUUUAAUUGUUAUUAUAAUUCUCUUUAAUUAUUUGGGUUUCAUUCUAUAUUCAUAAAAAGUUUAAAAGUGCAAAAUACAAAGUUUCUAACACAGUUUUCACACAUUCAUGAGAAAUGUUAUAAACACAUUGUAAUUAUCUCAUGCAGAUAUACAUCUUUUUUACAUUUGCAUGUUAUAAAGUAUUUGUGUGAAACACAAAACUACUGAUUUCAUUUUUUUAACUGCUGCAUAUUUACUUUUUCUUAUUACCUUCAAAUCUUGAAUACUUGACAGGGAAGCACACAUGUAGGUCUUCUUUGUGACACGUACGAACCGGUUUCUUUUCAUGUGGAAGCAUUUACCAUACAGCUCAUCAUGUGGCUACAAUGUUAAUGUUUAACCAUUUUACCUGUUGGUAUUUCUGAAAUGUUUUCGCUGUAUUUAAAAAAAAAACAAGCUAACUUGUAGUUGCACAUUUUGAGUAUGUUUUGUGAAACUCAGUCCGCGGUCAGUGAACGGUCACCACGAGAGCACUGGCAGGAUUUUUAAUGCUGUAAAAUGCAACGUUAAUACAAUCACAAGUGCCUUAAGCAAGCUAAUGAAACCAAAAUUUAAGCAAAUAUGUAAAUGCUGUGCCUUAUGUGUGUAAAAUAAUGUCUGUUUGUUAACAAUUAACCAGGCGUUGUGGAGACAUAACCGUAUAAACACGUCAAACUGU